AUGAAUACAGAAGAAUAUUUGUUAAAACUCCUGUAUCCUUUUACUAAACCGCAAAUGAACGGCACUGAAUUUGUUUCUGGCGAUAAUUUAGGUGAAAUGAUAUUUAUAAGCAAAAAAUUGACAAGUAUUACUUUAUAUUGGAUGUCAGUGGCGAUAGCGACGAAUAUUAAAAUUAAUGGUUUCGAUAGGGUCAAGCAAACAAUUAAAGUUUUAGGUAUUGCUGAUGAAACCAACGAAGAGGGUAUUAAUUAUGCAACUACGUCGGUGACGACACCUGUUAUUGGGGCGACAUCUGGGAAUGAAUUCGAAAUUUUUCCUCAGUUUCCUGAAUCUGAUGCUGCAGCUGAAUCAGUGAUUACAGUCGAUGAUACAAUGUCGAUUGCUACGAAUGUAUCAGGUGAUGAACAACAGUUUAUUCCUUAUAAUGCACCUGAUGAUGUUUUUAAUGACAUGGAUGUGGCAGUCGCUGAAGAAGCACUUGCUGAUGAAUCUAUAAAAUUCAAUCGUAGCUAUAAGCUUGAACUAACUAAAUUGGUCAAUGUGCUAACAGUAUUACUCGAUGACCUAAAUAUUGCAUUAUUUUCAUUCAAAGGAACAUCAUAUAUUGAGGGUUGUGCAUCUAAAUUGGAAAUUGGCGAGAAAUUGAAUGAAGUGCAUUGUGAUGUAUUAAAUUCAACAAAUGCUAGAUGUGAUGAACAGAAAAUCGAGAAAAUUACAUUUGAGGGUUCUCCAUCAUUAAGAUUCGAAUUUCAACAUCCUUCAGAUAAUUCAAAAUCUUUCCUUCAGGUGAACAUCAAAGAUUUAAACAUUGAUGUGCACGAUGAAAUCGUUUCGCAUUUAUCGCAUUUUAUUAUGGAUGAGGAGAAGGCUGAUUCAGCAUUUAAAUUGCGAGUAAAUGUUAGCAAUAUGCGGCUUGUUAUUAUUGAUCCGAAGACGACUUCCCCACUGAGAAUGAAAAUAAAUGAUUGCGUAAUUGAGCAAGGUGACGAUGAUACUCGAAAAAAAUACCAAACCCUUUUCCAUACAAUUCUUAUGUUACAUAAAGCUAUACUUAAUUCGUUGUCUGGAAAGAAGUAUGGAAGUAUGGAAGAUCAAAAUGUUUAA